AUGGUUGGAGUCCGUGGUAAGUAUAAGGGGUGCGAGACAUGCAGGGCCCGGCGAGUAAAGUGCGACAACGAACGACCGUACUGUCGGAAAUGCAUCGACAGCGGCCGCGAAUGCGCUGGGUACGAGCGCGAGAUGGUAUUCAUCACCGCAACCAUCGACGACGGCGGCCGUUGCUCGUCUCACCCUCCCCGACAGGUAUCCUCGUCCAAGAAGUCUCCGAAAGCAAAAGCUGCCGAGCAAACGGCGCCUCGCCUUGCACCAACAGAGCCGCUAACACCCGCGUGGGAUGACUUGAUUUCCUUGUCUGAGAAUGGCGUCGUGUACUCGGUGCAGAUUGCGACUCUGCAUGCCAGGCUGCAGAACGUCUUGCGAGGCGAGGAGGACCGCAAUCGAUUCAGUUUUCCCAUUGCCUUUCCACCAUACCUACCCAUCGACGUGGAAACCUGGGACAACGGAGGUGACACGGACCUGGCUGCGCAGAACAUGAUCAGCCUCUUGCCUGCCGGUAACGUCGCGGGUCCACCAGAUGGAAUAUGCGCAUUUCUGUUCGAGCAAAACCCAGCUUAUCUCGUGACGAAUGGCAUCACCCCCUGGGGCGUACCCCAGGAGAACCAAGAUGUAGUGAAGAAGUUCGGGCCGGAACAAUUCAGAUACUUUCCGAAUCACCAUUUCUUCGUCAGGGUGUACAGGUGCAAUGCUGACAAGAUCAUUCUUGCCCUUCUUCAUAGGAAAGCGACCUUCUUAUCCUCGUUUGAGUGGUGCACAAUCCCAUGGGAGAUGCACCCCAAGAGUAUCUUUGACAGACUUUUCGACGUCAUCGUCCAUCUGCCUGGCAUCUUUGCUCGAGUCGACCGCACCAUUCCAUUCGCUGCAACUUUGCAACGCCGACUGAAAGCGCAGGAACUUUUGAGCAGUUGCUUGCAGGUUGAACAGCAACUGGAGGAAUGGCAUACGUUCGCACGCUCCCCGACCCUUGAGCAUCCGUAUGCGUACUGGAUCGAGGAAUCGGACGAUCAAGAUGCGCAACAAGUUCCUUUCGCCAACCCUUUUGCCGACAACUUCGCUUUCAAGGACGGGAUUACCGCCGUCAUGUUUCUGUACUACUGGAUGACGCUGUUGCUCCUCCAUCGGUGUAUCGAGAGUCUGCACCACGCCAUAUUUCAGCCAGUCAUCGAGGAUUUUCCGAAUAUGUACCCGGAUCUGCCGCCACAUCUACAGAUCAAUCUAGCGAGAUAUCAGCAGCGUCGGGAAUUCGCGGCCAGAGUGUGCCGUGCACUGGACUUUGCCCUCAACACGACCGUACAGCCCGACUUGCUCGUUGCUCCUCUCGCCACGGCUUUGGAGUUUUACCGAGAGCUCAACUCAUCCUCGCGGGAUGGAGAGCUGGAGAUCAUGUGGUGCGAAGGCUUCAAGCUGAGGCUGGCAUCGAAGGGACAAGACAUUGCCAAUGUACUCCAAAGCAGGCAGUGGGCCGAUCUGGCGAGAUUUUGA